CGUGAAACCCACCCAACAAAGUACACCAAUAUUUUUUCAACACAUAUAAACUACAUUUCUUUUUGUUCACACUUAGCUCUAUUUUAGCUUUCUUAAAGUUUCCCUUUUGAGUUUAUAUAUGUAAACUCAACAAUCAAAUCAAUUGCUGUUCAUUUAUUUUGUUGAGUCACCCUUUUAGUUUCUUUCCAAGAGGAAAAAAGAUUGAAGCUUUUGUGUUCUCUAAUUUAAUGGGUUCUUGUAUCAGUGUUAGAAUUAAAGCUGAGAGUCCUCUUCAUGCAGGAGCAAAUGACGGAACAGAGUUGAGUAGUAGGCGGCUUUCGUAUUCAUCAGCUCCGUUAACUCCUCGAAGUCAGAGUGAAAUCCUGGAAUCGUCGAAUCUGAAAAGCUUUAGUUUCAAUGAACUCCGAGUAGCCACGAGGAACUUCCGACCUGAUAGUGUGUUGGGAGAAGGCGGGUUUGGUUGCGUUUUUAAGGGUUGGAUAGACGAGCAUACGUUUAAAGCUGCAAGGCCAGGAACUGGAUUGGUCAUAGCUGUAAAGAGAUUGAACCAAGAGGGAUUUCAAGGUCACAAAGAAUGGCUGGCGGAAAUCACUUACUUGGGUCAGCUAUCUCAUCCUAAUCUCGUGAAGUUGAUCGGAUAUUGCUUAGAAGAUGAACACAGGCUUCUGGUGUAUGAGUUCAUGGCUAGAGGAAGUUUGGAAAAUCAUUUAUUCAGAAGGAGUACUUAUUUCCAGCCGCUAUCAUGGAAUCUCCGAAUGAAGGUUGCUCUUGAGGCAGCCAAGGGACUGGCUUAUCUCCACAGCCCGGAAGCUAAAGUUAUAUAUCGGGAUUUCAAGUCAUCUAACAUUUUGCUUGAUGCUAAUUACAAUGCAAAGCUUUCUGAUUUUGGAUUGGCAAAGGAUGGGCCAAUAGACGGUCAAAGCCAUGUAUCUACUAGAGUAAUGGGUACCUAUGGUUAUGCUGCUCCUGAAUAUAUGGCCACAGGCCAUCUAACUGCCCGAAGUGACAUAUACAGUUUUGGGGUUGUUCUUCUAGAAAUGCUGACAGGCCGUCGAGUGGUGGACAAAAACCGUCCGCAUGGGGAACAUAAUCUAAUUGAAUGGGCUAAGCCUUUCCUGGCUAGUAAACGAAAAGUCCUCCGUGUUAUGGAUCAUCGUAUAGAAGGUCAGUACCCAGUGGAAGGAGCACUGAAAGCAGCACUUCUUGCAGUCAAAUGCCUGGCAUUAGAACCCAAAUUCAGGCCCAAAAUACCCGAAGUCGUAAAGGCAUUGGAGCAACUUCAGAACUUAAACGAAUCAGGAAGUCUCAAACGCGAAACGACGCAAAGGAAGCAUCCUCGAAGAAAAACUUCUUCUCCGAGGCCAACUGCUUCUCCCCAGCUUGUUACUUGAAUCGAGAAAUGAACGACAACAGCUUUAACCAAUAUACUACCUGAAAUGAGAGAAAAUGACGAGACAUCUUGCUAGGUAGACUGAAUCUCGGUAACUACGAAAUAUGUUGUAAAUUUGUACCAAUCAUCUUAGCAGUCUACAGUUCUUAUUUUGAUCUAGCUAGAAAUUUACCAUUGAUGUUGUCUUCAUACAUCUAUGCUAAAUAGCCUUUUGUUGUAUAUAGCCUUUUGAGCUUUUGAGAGCCAAAGAAGUGAAAAAAGGGACUUUUAACAUAUUUGUACUACUUUUUUUGAGAAUUUUAUACAUGCCUGAGAUAGAAUUUAAAUGGAGAAACA